CAAAAAUUUAAUUUACGCAAUAAUUUAUGGAAACAGAAUAUUAGAAAAUUGGCAAUACUGAUCCCGGACUUGACAAGAAAGAACAAACAAGGAAGCAACAAGAAGGAACCUGUUGUGCACAGAAGGCAGUGGAAUGAAGACACGCCGCGAAUGCGAAUGCCAUAAUGAAUACCAAAACAAACCAUGAAUACACUUCUAAUUCAUACAAUGGAGGUAUUAUGGGAAAUGAUAGUCCUGCUGCUUUAUUAGACAUGUUGGCAGAAGUUGCAUCUCAGACAUUACAUUCAGAAAAAACGUAUAAUAAAUCAUCAUUGGUAACACAAUGUAAAUCAAAAACAGAUUAUAUAAAAAGAAAGACUCAGGAAACAUCUUUCAAUGUAUCCCAGCUUUUGUCUAUGCCUGCAUCGCAAUUAGUUAAACAGUUUUCAAUUUUUACAAGCGAUGAAUUAAAAAGACAAUAUUCUUAUACCUGUGCUCUGAUAAUUGGAUGCGGUCAAAAGUAUACUAGUUUCGCGAGUGAAGGAAGGGCAAGAAUGUCUAUUAAAGCACAUUUGGCAGAACAUUUGGAAUAUUUAAAAGCAAACAAGGAAACCCACAAAACCUUUACUGCUAAGUCUGUGAAUUAUAAAAAUAAUAAAACCAGUUCUCAAGGUAAAAAGAACAAAUUACAAUUAUCAAGAAAACCUCAGGAGGCAUUGAAUAAAGAGAAUAAGAAUGUUAUACUAGAAAAAUCAACAAAUUAUCUUCGAAACAUUUUACUAAAUGAUUCUAGUUUUAAAGAAUUAGAUAAAAAUAAAAGUUUUGAGAAAAUGGAUAAACCUAAAAAGAUACAUAGUACUGAACAUAAAGAUAUGGAUAAAACAGACUUCAAAGUUUUUGGAGAUCAUAGUUACUUUGAACGUUUGAAGGAUGAUAAUCCUAAUGGCAAGGAAGCAUCUUUUAGUAAUGUCCUAGAGAAUGCAGGAGUAGAUGAGAAUAUUGUACUUAUGGUUGUUGGUGCUGAUACUGUUCACAUGAAAGAGUAUUCACACAUUAAUCAAAAACUAUCAGAAAAAAUUAGUCAAGAGUCUGAGACUAUUUAUUUACCUGAAAUGUCAUGGUCAACUGAAAACUGUAAUAAAAAUAUAGAAAUUACAACGACCAAACCUAAGGGUAAAGCAAAAUUUAUAGGUACUAGUAAAGAAGAAAGAGAAAUGGCACUAGCUUUUAUGGAUCGCAUUAAAAAGAAGGGAAACCCAACGGGAAGUAAUCUUGAAUGUCGAAUUUGUAAUCCUCCAAGAAGUUUUACAGCACCUACAACUUUAGUGUCUCAUUAUCGGAGUCAUGCUGGGAUAAAACCAUAUGAAUGUCGUAUAUGUAGAGCAGUUUUUACGAGAAGACAUAGCUUAAAAUACCAUAUGCUAAUUCACCAAAAUCAAACACGUUUUACUUGUGCUGAUUGUGGAAAAAAAUUUAGGCAUCCGUCACAUUUUAGAGAACAUCGACGCCGUCAUACCGGAGAAGCACCAUUUGGAUGUGAUGACUGCGGGCAAAGAUUUAAAACCAGAAACACUUAUAAACGUCACUUGAAAACAAGACAUGGGAAAGUUUUAACAACCACUGGAGAGUUGUUAUAUCUAUCCGAAGAAGACUUUCAAAAAGUACGAACUAAUAGAAAGAAGAAAAAUGAUGUAACUAAAGAACAUGUUAUAGACGAGGCCAUAACAGCAGCGAAAACAUUAAUGAAUUAUCAAAAUGAUAAUGGUCAAUUUCAAGAUACUACGACUGAAAGAUAUAUUAUAAGUAAUGAUGCUGAUGAUAAUAACAAAAAUAGGGAUUCAAAUGAUGCAAUACAGAUUAUUAAGAAUUGCUUUGACACUUAUGAGGUUUGCUCAGAAUCUCAAUUAAAUAAGACUGAUUCCAUAGAGACUGAAAUACCUAUAUUUAAUAGAGUUUCUAUUAAACCUGAGAAUAGUUUACCAAUGGAAUACACGGAUAAAGUACAAGAAAACUUGCCACAGUUACGAAGUGUUUCUUAUAAUAAGUUAGAAGUAAUUAAAGAGGAAAAAUCUGAAUUAAUUUAUCACAACGUUAACCAGCCAUCUUCGUACAUUAAAAUAGAAUAUAAUACUUCAAUUAACGACGAAAAUGAAAACAACACAGAAUUUCAAGGAAAUUUUGAAUUUGCAGAAAAUCGAUUUAAGAAUCGUAUUCAAAUUGUGGGGCAUAACGAGGAACAAUUUUGUAACGGUGUAUUGAAUAAGACAGUAGAUGAUCACUGCAAUAGACAUGUAAUUCUUACUCAAGAAGAUGGAGAAGAAGACAAUAGUGUCCACAUUUUGAAUGAUAAAUCUUAUCAAGAAAAAAAUGAAAUUAUUAUGGCGAAAAAUUUGAUAAACACAAGUAUGUUGCAUCCAGAUAAUCAAAUUGUUAAUAAAGUGAGUAAAAAUAUUUUAUUAAAUCAAAAUGAAGAAUGUAUAUUAAAUGAAGAUAAAACGAACAGUAAUCAACAGACUGUUAUAACAGACUUAAUAAAAAGUCGUGUGAUCACACCAUUGAACAAUGUUUUUAGAAACAGUCAAAAAUUAAUGCAUCAAACGAAACAACGCAUAUAUAUUAAUAACGAACCAUUAACAAGUAUAAUAGUACAAAAUAAAUGCAUCAACAUUGUUCCGCAAUUUCAAACUUGUCACAAUGAACAAACAAAAUCAACAAGUCAGCCCAACAAAAGUAGGAAGUUGACCUUGUUGAAUAAACAUGUACAAGAAGUUAAUAUAAACCAGAAUGGAAAUGAGAAUACAAUUUUGUUAUUAACUAACGACACUUUACAAAACGGCAUUCUUAAGAUUGAAUAAAGUAACACUGCCGACAUUUUCGGCGUAAAAUAUUUGAAAAAAAGUAAGUGAUGUCUCAGUGACGAGAAGUUUUUAAUUUUAUUUUUUAGUAAAUUUAAGAUAUUUCACAAUUAAAGCAAUAAACUUUUACGGUUAAUAUAAACAUUUUUGGUACUUUUGGAAGUACAGUUAUAGUAUAUGAAAUACUAUUAUACUAUGCUUUGAAGUUUGAAUGUGUAAAUAUUGUUAAAAAAAAUAUAUAUUUAAUAUUUUUUACCGCCUCAGAAAAGAAUACUGAAUAUAUGAUAGAAAAUUCUAUAAACACGUAUCUAAUAAAAUAUUUUUCCAUGAUUUCGAUCUUGCAAAAUGCACAGUAUUAGCAUAGCUUUCAUAUAUACUAAAAAGAAAAAAUAAAUAAAAAUACCCUUAUUUUUCUUCUUACGAAAUAAGAAUAUUUUUGCAUUGUUCCAAUAUGUAUCUCUAUUUUUUUUCAAAAAAAGAUAUAUAUUACUGACUCUUUAUAUUUGUUAGCCAUUCCAAAUGUUGAAAUGAAGAUAAACUUUUAUUGAAUUUGCUAUAAAAAAUUGUAUAUACAUAUUAAGAAAGUAAGUAGAUGAUAUCAUUGUGGAUUGAGUUUAUUUAAACACAGUAAAUCGAUUACUUAAUAGCAGUAACAUUUAUUAAUGUGCCAAACGUUGUUGAACAUGGUGCAAAUUCAUAAUUUGUUUAACAAAAAAUGUAACGAUCAUUAUUUUAUAAAUUCUUAGGCAUAUUUUUUCUAUGUAAAAUUUAAAAACACUUGAAACAUUCAAUAUUAUAUUUCUUCUACUUUAUUAACAUUUCAUUUUACUAUAAUAUGUAUUGUAUUUAACAAAGAUACAAAUAACAAAGUUUAGUUCUGUACAUUCUUAUAACAGAGAACAUAUAAACCAUAUUACAACUUUAUUCUUUUGCAAUACAGAUAAAAAUUGUUGAACAUAAUUUAUGAUAUAUUAUUCUUUUCAGGAUAAUUAAAAAAUGUCU